UUAAUUUUAGACUGGACUCAAGGUCUUAGUUGACAUUCCAGGACUAGUUUUCUUUCGAGAGGAUUUCAAAUCUUUAUUGUUGCUCAGUGCCGAGCACACAGAAGGUUUUGGGUUAAAAAAAAACAGCAUUUAGUGUAAAUUGGCCUCUGAUAAACUGAUGAACCAAAAGUAGUCAUUUACCUCUUCCAUAUUGUGGUCUGUACCAUGUGGGACAUGACCCAGAGAGGAAACAGAAAACCAUGUUCUCCUUUAAAAACAUUGGAUCAAAAACUUCUAAAACCAAUCCUUCACACUUAGAACAUUUUUCUUUGUCCUGUUGUUGAACAUCAAUUCUUCUGUGUUGUUGUUGUUUUUUUCCCCUUUUCUUCUUUUUUAGAAGUCACAGUCUGAACCAUGAUUUGAAUUCUUAAAAUCAGUUCGAGGCUCAUGGUUGACCUUGGAAAUGUGAGUAAAAAUGAAACCCAGACUGUGUGGAGUCUCCUGUAAUGAAGUCCUGGACGAUACAAGGUUUCUGUCGUGAGUCUGGACACAGUGGAGGAGAGAAAGGACUCCCAGUCAGAUCCGUGCGCAAAGGCGCAAUUUGCGUCUCCCCGCCGCGCUGCGUCCUCCAGUGGAGGAGGGCAAUUAGAGCAGCCGCUCUCCGUGAAAUAGAUCCACGGUAACCCGGCAGGCAGAUGCGUUAUUUGGCAUUUUCUGUCUGUAUGGAGGGUGAGUUUGAGCCCACGGGGGAGAAAAUGCUGUGGAUGUAGAUGUUUUGGAGUCACGACGUGACACGCAACUCACUUCGUCACCAUGACCUGAAGUGAGUCACGACGGGAUUUCUUCUCGGUGACGUGAAAUUUUAGGGGGUGAAAUUAGACAUGGAUUAUUGGGCGCUGCGUAUUUACCAGCAGCUGUAGCUCCGAGCUGCUUUUUUUUUUUUGUCCCUCCUUCACUUCCUUGGUUUGUGCAUUUUCGGUGAUUCUGUUUAAAAUAUGGACCUUUUUUUCCAUUAAAAUCCCAGCACAGCAUCAGAACCUGAUUAGAUUCUUCUGAUUUUCCUUCAUUUUUCUUUAAUAUUUCUUAUUUAAAGUGGUUGCGCUUUUUGUAGUGAAGUGAUUGGAGACGGCGCUGUUCUCCUCACCUGUGGACAGACCGAAAAUUAAAAAAUAAAACUUUUUUUCUUUCUUUCUAUUUUAGGCUUCGUUUGUUUGUUUUUCUACUUUUACGCGCCGCCUCUCGUCUUCAGUGCCGUCUCCAGUGCGUGGCGCGCGUGUGUCGGAUGCGCGGCGGGACUGUGGGCAGUCGGAGAGCUUUUGGUCAGACUCACAGACGCACUCACAUUCAGCAGCAGCAGCAGCAGCAGCCGACAGUCCACGCGUGUGGAUGUGGGACUCUGUCGGUGUGCGCGUGUCCUGCAGCUCCUAACUCCCGGCGACGAUGGCAUCACACGGGUUCUGGUCCCUCGGCGGUGAUAAUGCCGCGGCCAACCCCGGGAGCCAGAGCCCCAGUACGCCCAGGGCUUGGUGUCAAGCGGCGGCCCAGAAAUUAUCAGGUGGACUUGGAUCGAAAUUAUGUGCGCUGCUGAAUGUCGGGGAGGUGGUGGAGAAACCGGCCGAGGCGGCCGUCAAGCAGCCGCCGGAGGCAGCAGUGGCAGGCGACUGUGGCUGCAACAAAACCUGCAACUGCACCAAAGCUGCCUCCGUGGUCUUCUCCGACGGUUUCUCAACAGACCUGUUACCUGCCCUGGACGGAGACGCCAAGACCAUGACCUUCCUGCAGGAGGUGGUGGACAUUUUACUCUCUUACAUCGUGGAGUCGUUCGACCGGAACACGAAGGUGAUCGACUUCCAUUAUCCUAACGAGCUGCUGCAGAUGAACAACUGGGCGCUGCAGGACGAGCCGGACAGUCUGGACGACAUUCUCAUCAGCUGCCGCGCCACGCUCAAAUACGCCAUCAAGACAGCUCACCCCAGGUACUUCAAUCAGCUCUCCACAGGAUUAGACAUGGUGGGACUGGCUGCUGAUUGGCUCACUUCCACCGCCAACACCAACAUGUUCACCUAUGAGGUGGCUCCUGUCUUUGUGCUGCUGGAAUACGUCACACUGAAGAAGAUGAGGGAGAUCAUUGGCUGGCCUGACGGACGAGGAGACGGCAUCUUCUCCCCCGGUGGUGCUAUUUCCAACAUGUACGCCAUGCUGCUGGCCCGAUUCAACAUGUUCCCUGAAGUGAAGGAGAAAGGAAUGUCAUCUGUUCCCAGACUGGCGGCCUUCACGUCUGAACACAGCCAUUUCUCAAUCAAAAAAGGUGCAGCAGCUCUGGGCAUCGGGACUGAGAGUGUGAUCUGCAUCAAAGCAGAUGAGAGUGGUAAACUGAUCCCUGCCGACCUGGAGAGGAGAAUACUGGAGGCCAAACAGAAGGGUUUUGUGCCGUUCUUUGUGAGCGCCACCGCUGGUACCACAGUGUACGGCGCCUUCGACCCACUCAUCGCCAUCUCUGACAUCUGCAGAAAGGACAACAUCUGGAUGCACGUGGACGGGGCCUGGGGUGGAAGUCUCCUCAUGUCCCGGAGACACCGGUGGAAACUGGAUGGAGUUGAGAGAGCCAAUUCUGUCACAUGGAACCCACACAAAAUGAUGUCUGUCCCUCUGCAGUGUUCAGCCCUGCUGGUCAGAGAGGAGGGUUUGAUGCAGAACUGCAACCAGAUGCACGCCUGUUACCUGUUCCAGCAGGACAAACACUACGAUCUGUCCUACGACACCGGAGACAAAGCUCUGCAGUGUGGACGGCACGUGGACAUCUUCAAGCUGUGGCUCAUGUGGAGGGCAAAGGGCACAAUUGGAUUUGAAGCUCAAAUCGACAAAUGUCUGGAACUUUCCGAAUAUCUCUACAACAAGAUCAAGGACAGGGAAGGAUACGAGAUGGUCUUUGAUGGAAAACCUCAGCACACCAACGUCUGCUUCUGGUACCUGCCUCCUGGGGUCCGCUACAUAGAAGAUAAAGAGGAGAAAAAGAAACAGUUACACAAGGUGGCGCCUGUGAUUAAGGCCAGAAUGAUGGAGUACGGCACCACCAUGGUCAGCUACCAACCACAGGGGGACAAGGUCAACUUUUUCCGCAUGGUGAUCUCGAACCCUGCUGCUACCUUUGAGGACAUCGACUUUCUCAUCGAGGAAAUUGAACGACUUGGUCAAGAUCUAUAA